AUGAGUGAUUCAGACGAUCAAGAGGAGAGAGAUAACUUGGCCGCGAGAGAGAUCGCGCUGGCCGAGCAGCACGAAGAUCCGCCGGAUCCGAACACCGCGCACAAUCGCGCCAAUGAUGGAGCGCGACACAAUGAAGAAGUCAUGGGAGACUUCGAUUCCAAUCCAACACUACUAAUCGAUCGGAAUCCCAUCCAGCCGCCACUUCCUGAAGGAAGAAGCUAUGAGAUUUCGCCGGAGAUUAUUGGUUUGGUGAAACAAAACCAGUUCCAAGGAAAACCCCAGGAGAAUCCUUUGGAACAUAUUGAUGCUUUUGAAGAAAUUGUGGCACCAUCAGUGCAGGAGUCUCUUCCAGCUCAAUCCAUAACCACAUGGAAAGAGUACAAGGUGGCAUUCCUAGGUCACUUUUUCACAAAGCAGAGAGCAAACUUGUUGAGAGAAAAGAUCUCUAGUUUCCAACAAGGGCCGGUGGAGCCUUUUCAUGAAGCAUUGGAGCGCUUCAAGGACUAUACAAGAGAGUGUCCUAAUCAUGGACUAUCUGAGGGCAGUCUAUGGAACAUUUUCUACAGAGGAAUAAGUGGGAAGUGUCGAUUUUCUCUUGAUACAGCCAGCAAUGGAAAUUUCAUGACCAAGACAGUUACUGAAGCAAAGAUUUUGAUUGAAAAUCUAGCCUCAAGCGACAGUGACAACUUCAUUGGGCAUGAGAGAGCAGUGAAGGCCAUAAAUUCUGAUCCAUACAGAGAUGGAUACAGCGAAAUCAAAGCCAUGAUGGCUGAGAUACUGAGAAACCAAGGAAGAGAAGUGGAGAGACAAAGAGAAGCUUAUAGAGUUGAAUCCACAAUAAUUCAAGAUUACUUUGGAGAUUUGAUUCCAAGUUUCCAAGAAGAAGUAAACUUUGUUGGAAUAGAUGGAUCAGCACAUAGAGAAGAAGCUUGGAAAGGGAGAGCAUGA